AUGGAAGUCGACGCCGCAGGCUCAGCCAAAGCGGAAGGUCGCAUAGCACGAGGCGAUGUUGAUGCUCAGGAUCUGGCUGCCUUGGGCCACGAGCAGCUGCUCACCCGGAAAUUCAGCCUCGUGAGCAUGCUUGCCAUGGCCUUUUGCGUUCUCGGAACCUGGGCCGUCUUUGCGCAGAACCUGUCCGCCGCCCUCGAAACUGGAGGUCCCGUCAGCAUCUUCUGGGGCCUCCUCCUCGUUCUCUUCUGCAACGUUUGCAUCGCCGUGUCUUUGGGCGAGAUGUGCAGUAGCAUGCCCACUGCGUUGGGGCAGGCGUACUGGGUCUCUCGCCUCUGGGACACGCCCUCUGGGAGGCUGCUUUCCUACAUGUGCGCCUGGACGAACACGUUCGGCUGGUGGGCCCUGACGGCGUCGCAGAAUGCCUUCAUGACCGAGCUUCUCCUCAGCAUGAAGGUCAUUUUCGAUGUUGACUGGCCGUGGGCGACCCGUGGCUGGACCCUCUUCCUGGUGUACAUUGGCAUCACUCUAUUCUUCAACGGCUUCAACCUGAUUGCAUGCCGUAGCGACAAGACGCUUCCUUACUUUAACAAUGGAGUCGGCGUUGGCUUCGUCGCUCUCUUCGCCGUCAUCAGUAUGGCACUACUCAUCUCGGUUGGGACGAAACCAGACUUGGAAUUCCAGCCAGCAUCCUUCGUCCUGGGAGGUUGGACAAAUACGACUGGCUGGUCCGAUGGAGUGACAUGGUUUGUCGGUCUUAUCCAGUCAGCAUAUGGUCUUACCGCUUUCGACGCCGUCAUCCACAUGGUUGAGGAGAUGCCGUCGCCCCGUCGUGACGCCCCUAAAGCCAUGUAUCUCGCCGUCAUCUGUGGCGCAGCCUCGGGGUUCAUCUUCAUGUUGGCCACGCUGUUCAGCAUCCAAGACUUCGACACGGUCCUCAACACACCCACUGGCUUCCCCUUCAUCCAGGUCCUCGAAGAUGCCCUAGGCCGAACAGCAGGCACCGUGCUCGUCGCCCUCUUUAUCGUGAACGGCUUCGGCCAGGGCAUCAGCGUCAUGACCUCGGCGUCGCGGCUGACCUGGGGUUUCGCCCGCGACGGCGGCCUCCCUGGGUGCUUCAUCGUCUGCCUCAUCGGCGUGCUCUACACCUUCGCGUCGACGGUCCUUGAGGCCGUGCUCGCCGUCAGCACCAUCGCCCUGACCAUCUCGUACGCCAUUCCCAUUUCCGUCCUGCUCUUCGUCGGCCGCGACAAGCUGCCGCCGGGGGACUUCUCCCUUGGCCGGCUCGGCCCCGUCGCCAAUUGGGUGUCGCUCGUCUACUGCGCCAUCACGACCGUCUUUUUCUUCUUCCCCAGCUCGCCCAACCCCUCGGCCACCGACAUGAACUACGCCAUCGUCGUCUUUGGCGUCAUGCUGCUCGUUUCCUUUCUGUUCUGGGUCGCCAGAGGGCGGGUCACGUACCUCCGCACCCAGGGCUCGGCGGAGCGUGAUAUUCAGGCCCGACGUUGGGAGAUGGAAAGCUAUGACGGGCUCGCGGUGGCCGAGAGCCAUGCGCUGGCCUCAAAGUCGAGCCAUGUCGGGUUGGCCAAAACUCGCGACUGA